AUGAUAGAAAAAGUUGUGCGCAUCCAGCUUAAUGGCUGGCAGAGGGCUGCAGUUGCUGUUGGCUCAGCGGUAGGGGCAUUACUGGACCCUCGACGAGCGGAUCUGAUUGCUGCUUUAGGGGAGACAACUGGAAGACCUGCUUUUGAAAGGGUUCUUGAAAGGAUGAAGAGGAGUCCGGAAGGUAGAGCUAUUCUGGCUGUGCGUCCUCGUGUCAUAUCGUCUGAAGUGGGCCAUGCGUGGGACCUGCCUCCUAACACGUUUGGUGCCGCAUAUGCUAAAUUUAUGGGAUCUAGAAAUUUCUCUCCAGAUGAUCGACCACCAGUGAGAUUUAUGGACACAGAAGAGCUGGCUUAUGUUGCCAUGCGCGCUCGUGAGGUGCACGAUUUUUGGCAUACCUUAUUUGAGCUUCCCACCAAUUUAAUUGGUGAAUCAGCUCUUAAGGUGAUAGAGUUUGAACAAAUGAUGCUCCCCAUGUGCCUAAUGUCAGUGGCUGGAGGUACAGCUAGAUUUAGCGAACGGCAGAGAAGGUUGUUUUACCAACAUUACUUUCCUUGGGCCCUCAAGGCUGGCAUGCAAUGCACUGAUCUAAUGUGUGUUUAUUACGAGCGGCACUUUGAUGAGGAUUUGGAAGAUGUGCGGCGAAAAUGGGGGAUAAUUCCUGCACCUCCACCGCCUAGAUAA